UGUGAAACCAUUUGUUUAAGAACGUGGUAAAGACAAAUUUGUUUUCUUUCUAAUAAUUUGCUGAAAAGAAAUUUUGGAAUAAAAUAUCAACAUGAGGCUCAGUACCUACAAUUUCCUAACAUCCAAGGCGAUAAAAGGAGUAAAGGAUGGAUAUCCUUUAAAAUUGACGAUAGUUAAAAAGGAUAUUGUUGAAAGUGAAUUCAAUCCAACAUUCAUAGGACGGUUACUACCCCGACUUGACUGGCUGGGAAUACGUUUAGCUGCGGAAAUACUUGAAAUAAGUGACAUUCCCCCGAAGCAACCAGCAAACAUAGCUGAAGAUGAAGAAUUAUUAAAAAAACUGCAUCAUUUGCUGCUAGAAAUCGAUGUGCUAGAAGGGCAGUUGGAAUGUCCUGAAACGGGACGUGUUUUCCCCAUUACGGAUGGCAUACCGAACAUGCUACUAAAUGAAGAUGAAGUUUAAUACUUAAAAGCUAGUAAUACGCAAAUGUACAUAUUAAGUUAUUUUUUAGAAUUUCUAAAUCAAAGCAAGUUUUGAUGCUUAUAAUAGUCUGUUAUUUGGCUUUUUUGUAGGUAUGGUAGUAAAAUGCUAUGUCACAAAAAGUCAUAGAUUGAAAUGAUUGGCCAGAAAUGUGGCUUGUUAGAAACACAGUGGAAUGACAUGUAAUAAUACGAAGUGUGCCAGGUAACAAUGAUGCUCGUUUUCAGUACGCAGAUUUGUCGGUCAAAGAGUAGUUUUUUGUUUCCUUUAAGUCUAAUUAAAAAAAAAAUAUAAAUGACUGGCCAAAACUGUGGCUCGUGAAAAAAGA